AUGCAAGUAGUUGUUGAUGCCUUCAUGGCAAAAGGAUUAAUGGACAAAACGUAUACGGAAGCAAAGAGCAUCUUAGAUUGCAUUUCGCGAAAUACAGAUGAGUGGAUAGAUAACGGGUAUGACGAAAGAGGGUCGGAGCAAAGAAGAGCAGAAAGUGCCAUGGUACCAGCUGAUACAAUGAGUAUCCUGGCCGAUCAGAUGGCCACAGCAACUUCGAUCCUCCAGACUAUGGCUAUUCAGCAAGGACACCUCUCUCAAAGUUCAGUGCAAGCAUAUGUGCUGACGCAAGUGGCCGCAAUAAAUUGCGUUCAAUGCGGGGAGUGGCACUCAGUUGAAGUCUGCUCGUUGAAUCAACAAUCUUUUAUUGAGAAGAACGAGGUAGUCAAGCAAUCGCAAGCUUCCUCCCUUAGAAAUUUGAAGGAGCAGAUUGAACAGCUUGCGAUCAAACUUAUGAAUAAAGUGUCUGGUAUGCUGCUCAGUAGCUCAGGAACAUCAGGGCCACGUCGUAAAGAGAAAUGUCAAGCAGUGACAUUGAGAAGUGGCAAGACAAUAGUGCUUAUGCCACAAGCACCAGAUUCAGUAACAAGACCAGUAGAGGUAAUCAUCAAUGAUGACCAAUCAACCAUUAAUGACAGAAUUAUCAGUUCAGAAGAGAGUACAUCUACAAAGAAUGAAUCUCAGCAAGACUCCAAUGCAAAGUCAAGGCAACCUCCAGCUCCUAAAACACAGCAAGCAGAGGACCUCAAUGAACACCCAAUUAAAAACGAAGUACGGCGGGAUCCUCCACCGUUCCCGUCCAGGCUGACCAAGAAAGAUGAUAGCAAACAAUUCCAGAGGUUCCUAGAUGUUCUCCGACAACUACAUAUUAACAUCCCCUUAAUAGAAGCAUUGGAACAAAUGUCGAGCUAUGUGAAAUUCCUCAAGGACAUACUUGUCAACAAGAGGAAGAUUGGGGAGAAUGAAACCGUUACGUUAACAUAUGAAUGUAGUGCACUAUUUCAAAACAACAUCCCCACUAAAAUGAAAGAUCCUGGGAGUUUCAAAUCCUGCUCAAUAGGGGAAAAGAAGUCGGAAAUGCACUGUGUGAUCUGGGAGCGAGUAUCAACCUAA